GAUCAAUGAAUUUAUCCCUUUUUGGCGUAUAUGUUAAUAGAUGUUGUUUUGACGAUUAUGAUUGACAUUGGUAAAAUAUCAUACAUACUCCGUAUUCAGGUGAAAUGACAGACUCCUUUAAUGUUACAUCAACACCGACCCAAUCACCCAUAAGAACACCGCCGGUUCCCACUCGAAGUUCUCCGCGUGGGAAGACGGUGAAAUCUCUAGCGGAGCCUUUAUCUAGAGCCGCAAAGAUCAAAUGGACUACUGCUAUGGAUCAGAUUCUGUUCGACACAUUUAUCGAACAGGUUGCAUUAGGGCGUAGAGCUGAUAAUGGUUUCAAGCGGGAGGCAUACCAAAUUGCGGCUGAAGAAGUUACGAAGCAUACUGACGUAGCCGUCCAGUGGCAAAACGUGUCGAAUCGGUUGAGAUAUUAUAAAAGAGAGUAUAAUGCAGUGAAAGACAUGCUAGCAGCGAGUGGGUUUGGUUGGGACAAUGAGAGGAUGGUGGUCACGGCUCCAGAUGAAGUCUGGGAGGAGUAUCUUAGGUCUCACCCACGUGCCGAACGACUCCGAGGGAAACGCAUCGAAAGGAUGGAUGACCUUGCAGUAAUUUGCGGAUCUGACCAGGCCACCGGACGCUAUGUGCAAGGCAGUAGGAGUAUGGCUGCAUCAGCAUCAUCUUCUCGUCUUCAGCGAGAUCUUAAUGAAGCAUGGAGAGAGGUUGAUGAUAUGGAUGAUACUAUUGACCUAUCAGAGGAUUAUGUAACAGACUCCACAGGGACUAUUCCAUUACCAUCAGACAGUCCUGUGAUGGGACAUCAUGACUCCCGCAGUACUCCCACUCACACUUCUGAUUCUGAUGUUAACCGAGGAGGGACAGGUACACGGAAACGUUCACGCCCUCCUCGUCCCUGUGAUGUAUUGGGGACCUCUCUGCAGACCGUAGCCGACUCGAUGAUGAAAUUUGGCCUUGGUGAAGAGGUCAAUCACACAAGCAAGGUUCUUGAUGUGCUAGAAGAGGUGAAAGGCCUGACCAGCUCUGAAUUUCUUGAAGUUGGUCGGAUCCUAAGUAAGGACAAGUCACUUGCGUCAUUCUUUGUCAGUCUCCGACCCGAGCGCCGAAUGGAGUGGUUAAAGAAAACACUCCGUGAUCACUUUGGUGAUGGAGGUGUUGGACCUGUCUGACAUUGAAUGAAUGGUUGUCUUAAUCUGUUUUUAAAACUGGGCAUGUAAUAACUUUCUACUGUUGGUGUGUUUGGUUUGGUUUUUUUUU